AUGAGCCCAGGGAAGGACAGCCCCAGCCCAGGUGGGUCUCCUCUCUCUGCUCAGGACGUGCAAUUGGAUGAGGCAGAUGCACUACAGAAAGCUCUGAAAAAGCUUUGCCAAGUCCGGGCGAGGGAAGACACAGAUGAGCUUCGAAAAGAACAGUUGGCUAGAGAGAAGUUUUUGAGAGAAUUUCCUCAGGUGCAAAGGGAGCUUGAAGAGCAUAUCAGGGAGCUUCGCGCCUUAGCAGACAAAGUUGAGAAGGUGCACAGAAAGUGUACCAUUUACAGCAUGGCGGCCAGCUCGACUGGCGUCCUCUCUGGAGUUCUGACCUUCAGUGGUCUGGCUUUGGCACCUGUAACAGCAGGGAUCAGUUUGGGGCUCAUGGCAGCUGGGACAGGGCUGGGAACAGUAGCUACAGCCUCCAGUUUAACCAUCAGUGCUGUGGAACUCUUCGAAAUGUUAUCAGCAGAAUCCAGAGCCAGUCAGACGAUGCCAACUGACAGUGGCAAAGGGGAAGAAGUUGUGAAGGCUCUGAUGAAGAACAAGGGUGCAUUAAUAUCCAUCCUAACGAACUGUGUCACUGCCUCACAAACCAUUCGGAAGAACAUCAAAGCCAUCAAAUUGGCCCAGAAAAACCCUAAAUUGGCAGCCAAUGCCAAGGUUUUCACAGCCGGUGGAAACCUCUCAGUAAAGGAAACUUUGGAGGUGCAGAAAGCCUUUAAAGACACUGUACUCUCAAUGACCAAAAGAGCCCGAAUGGUGGGUAUGGCCACCACAGGUCUGUCCCUUGCUGGAAAUGCGUACAGCCUUUGGAGUGAUUCAAAGCACUUGCGUGAGGGGGCGAAGGCAGAGUUGGCCGAAGAGCUGAGGCUGAAGGCUGAGCUGAUGGAGAAAGAGCUGGAGGGUCUGACUCUGAUCUAUGAGAGUCUGCAGGGACAGGGGCAGCGAAAGCCUCAGCCCUGA